AUGCCUCCAAAGUCUGUUUUUCGCCAGCCAGGCACACAGCAUUUUCAGCUUGUCCACCGCUCACAGCGCGACCCCCUCAUUCAUGACCCAGAGGCCAGUCAGCAUGUCCUAAAGGCAUUCGAGCGGGGGAAUGUCGUGAAGGGAAAGUCAAGGGCCGACCUAGAGCGCAUACUACCUUCCGCCGACCUCGCACACGACACUGAGCGUGCAAACAUCGGUGAAGCGGCCGUAUACGGCGUAUACUACGAUGACACAGAUUAUGACUACAUGAAGCAUCUGCGCCCGGUUGGACUACAGGAGGACGGCGUGGAUAGUAUUCUCAUUGAAGCUCCCUCGAAGCCUAAGCCGAAGGGCAAGGGGAAGGAGCCGAUCACCCUCCUCGACUUGCCCCCAGAAGCACUCCCCUCUACCGCCGAGGCUCCUCGGAAUUUUGAGUCGCAGGAGAACAUCCCGUCAUCAAUAGCAGGCUUCCAGCCAGAUCUCGAUCCGCAUUUGCGCCAGGUCCUGGAGGCACUGGAAGACGAUGCAUUCGUGGAUGAAGGGCUGGACGAAGACUUCUUUGGAGAGCUUGUCGCGGAGGGUGAGCUUGCUGCCGGAGAAAACCUCGAGUUCGAAUUUCAAGAGGAGGGUAUAGAGGGGGAUGAGCGCGCAGAGGUGUCCGCUGCAUCAGCAGAAGAGGUUGUUGAGGACGGCGAGGAGGAGAGCUGGGAAGCCCGUUUUUCCAAAUUCAAGAAGGCGCAAAAGGCGCAGCCCCGUAGCGAAGGCUCAGACAUCGAUGAUUUCUCGGAAGGUGGGGACACUGUCGGCUCGCUACCUCAGAUGUCUGUGAUUGGCGGCAAGCGACGACGGAGAGGGGCGUCUGAUGCAUCCGGCUACAGCAUGAGCAGCUCCUCGAUGUUCCGCAAUGAGGGGCUGACCAUGUUGGAUGAGCGAUUCGAUGAAAUCCAAAAGGAGUACGACUCAGAUGAGGACGAAGAGGCGGAUGAUAUGUCAGAUGCCUCAGGCGAAGCCCCAGAACUGAUUACCUCACGAGAGGACUUCGAUGCUAUUAUGAACGAAUUCUUGGACAACUACGAAAUUCUCGGCGGGAAGAUGCGCCCUGUCCUUGCAGGUGAGACCGCGGCGGACAAGCUCGACACCUUCCGGAAAGCCCUCGGGCAGGUGCACUUGCGUGAACAUGAUGAGGACAGCGAAGAGGACGAUAUCCUUAUGCCUCUUGAUAUUGAUGAGAAGAAGGACACAUGGGACUGCGAGACCAUUCUCACGACGUACAGUAACCUGGAGAACCACCCGCGACUGAUCAAGUCUCGUCAAGACAAACCAGUGCCCAAAAUCAGGCUGGAUCCCAAGACUGGUCUGCCCGUUGUGCUGGGGAAGCAACCUGCCUCGCGAAGGGAAGAUGAUGCUACGUCUUCAUCGGGCUCCGAUACUGAAGAUGGCUCACGAGUCCAACGCGUGACCGUUACCCGGCCUAAAAACGAGUCCAAGGAGGAUAAAAAGGCACGCAAGCAGGCCAUCAAAGUUGAGCGGCAGGUGAGGCGUGCAGACAAGAAAGCGACGAAGGAACAGUUCUCCGUAGAGGCGAAACGGCAGAACAGAACGCUUGCCAACAAGGAGAAGAGUAAGGCGAAGCAGCUUUGA